GGGGAGUUUUCAUGUGAGAUCCUGUUCGAUCGAAUCUCACAAAUCUCUGCUCGACUCUUUCGUCUCUAUCACAACACACCAUACAGCACUUCACACCAUGGGCGGCACUAACAGAGAAGGCGGCAAGGUCAAGCCCCUGAAGGCGGCCAAGAAGGAGAAGAAGGACCUCGACGACGACGACAAGGCGUUCCUCGAGAAGAAGAAGGCCGACGAGAAGGCGAGAGCCGAGAUGGCCAAGAAGGCUGCUGGAAAGGGCCCCCUUGCCACCGGAGGCAUCAAGAAGAGCGGCAAGAAGUAGACUGGCGCCAGGCAUGGACAUGCGGCGAGUUCUGUAGAGAGCGCGUGGCCGAACAGGACAUGAAUUGACGUGGACAAGGCUUGAUUUCGACUUCGGCAUGAUGCCACCCGGUGCUGCGCUUAUGGCGUCCAUUUCUAGCAACACAGCGUAGACCAUUAUGAAUCCUUCCAUUAACUCCA